AUGCAGAAUAAUGUUGCAGGAGGAAUGGCAGUGGAAGCUUUGAAAACAGAGGAAAUGGUCCAGAAAAUUCCAGGUCAUGAUGAAGGUUGUCCUGACAGGGUAACAUCAUCUUCACUUGUGGACAACCUCUGUUUAAGGAACCUUUCACAACAAAUUGUCUUAGGUUUGCUUGGAUUAUUCACAAGUAAAGGUACAGAAAUCCAAGCACAAUCUUACAAUAGUGCCAUCUCAAACGAUUUAUCACUUCAGCGUUCUAAACGUGAUUCUUUACUUCUGAGCGAGUUUCCAAACACGCUAUAUGAGAUGUUAGACCUCAAACACAUAUGGGUACUUGUUUCUAUCAACAGGUUCAUUCAAGACACCUUGGAAGAUGAGAAGACCAGGAAUGGUCUAAAAUUGAGAUGCACCUCCAAGUUAAGGAUUCAAAAGCAGGAAUUUUUUGAAUUCUCUGAGCAGUCAGUGUUGUCCAAUCUUUACUGGGGCAUUGACAGCAUUGAGGCUGCCAUCCAAGCUCAACAGCCAGAAGAUAGAUCCUUCAGGCUAAUGAACUCAGAACAAAUGCUUCAGGUGCCAGCGAUGCUUGAUGAGGAAGAGGUCACAGCCACAAUUCCAAACCGUUACUUGGUGUGCUGCUCCUACUUUUACCUCUCAGUGGUUAGGAAGCUCCAGGGAGAUGAGUGGCAGGCUGCACUGCAUUUUCUUCAAGCAGUGUUGGUCUCACCAAGGCUUGUUUGGACGGAAUUUGCAUCACAACUUUGUGAAAGUCUUUUCCCACAAUCAAGCAUCCCCAUGAUGCAGGGAAACUGUAGCAGUAGAAGUUUGGAAUCUGUGUCUUCUGGGGAUGAAAUGGAUGAAGCAAUUAGGGAGGUGGCAAGGAGGUACAAGGAGUGUCUGGUGUAUUACCAGGUCAUGCUUUAUGGAGAGACUCCAUGGUGGCGCAGUUAUUGCAGCAAACAAUCACCACGUUCUGUGGAUGUACCAAAUACUAGCUGUGUUUCUUCAACUUCAGUUCAACAUGAAUCAAGGUUGAAAAGUUGCAAUAUGUAUAAAAAGGUUCAUCCACUUGAUUCUCAAGAUGUGAUUCAUACAAUGGAAGAUGAGUCAAAACAAUUCAUGGAUAUCGCUGAAUAUGAGGGUCACAAGAAAGCACUUAAACAACUGAAUUCGGUUGAGUAUCAUGGCAAAGAGAACCAAACAAUUUCAAGUAUCAAAUGUUUCAAAGAUAUGAUGAUAGAAGCACACUCUACGACACCAGUAUCAGUGGACGUAUGCUAUAAGGAUUUUACAGCCAGAAAGGACCUGGAAAAUGUGGAUGACAGAAAAUUUUAUAUACAAACCACAAUAACUAAAGCAGAUGAUCUACCACCAGAAAUCUACAACUGGAAGCUACAACAGUCCUCUGGUUUGCCUCAAACUCAUCAACAUCCAAUUCAAGAACAGUUGGACAAAAGAAACAUAAUUCAGCUUGAUUCUAGUAGAUUCAACAGCUCCAUAGAAGAUAUUACUUUAUCUAUCUCAAAACACAGAGAUAAAACAGGAAAUACUCCCUUAAAUUGUCAUGGAGAGGAUGAACUAAAUGAGGAUGCAUCGCAGCCAAAAAAAUUGUUCGAUCAUGUAACAUUUACAUCUACUUGCAAACCUAAGCCCACCCAGAAAAAUCAUGAAAGUUCCGAGAUGCAAAGAUUGUAUAGCAUAGGAAAGUGUCAUGAACUUUGUUCAAACUCCAGAAGAUAUUCCCUGCAAGACUUGUCAGAACUGACUGAAAGAAGAAUUACAGAACUACAUUAUUCAGAGGUAUUAGGAAAAUGUGAUGAAGAAUAUACUGUAGACAUUGCAUCAAUUUAUGAGAGUUUGAUUAGUUCAUCGGGCGCUACUUAUGCUUCCUUAAAGGAUGUGAUUUUGGAUGAGCUGCUAGUAGCUAUCUCUACUUCCAAAGAGGAAAGAAAAAUAAGGGCAUCAGUAUCUAUUCUGACAACAAUAAUUUCAAGGAACAAGUCAAUCAUAGAAGAUGUCAAGAAGAAAGGUUUAAGGUUGUGUGAUCUGGCAAGUGCUCUGAAACAAAAUGUCCAUGAGGCAGCAAUUCUAAUAUAUUUAAUAAAUCCUUCACCUGUAGAUAUAAAAACGUUGGAACUCCUGCCAAUAUUAGUGGAGAUUGUAUGCACUUCAAAUAGUUACAAGAAUAGUCCAGAGUCACUUCUGUUGACACCUCAUGCAGCAUCAUUGAUGAUCAUUGAAGAACUAGUAACUUCAUUUGACUAUGCCACAAAUAACAUGCAUUUGGCCACCAUCAGUUCUCCUCACGUUCUCAGUGGAUUUCUAGAAGUUGCCAGGAAUGAUAAUCUAGAAGAAUUUUUCUCUUUAACCAUUAUUCUUAUAAAAUGCAUGCAGUAUGAUGCCCAGUGCAGAAAGUAUGUCUCACAAUUCACUCCACUUGCUCCCUUUAUCCACCUUUUACAGUCAGAAAACAUCCGCGCCAAAUGCACGGCUCUUGAAUUUUUUCAUGAAAUCCUUUGCAUACCACGAUCAUCAGCUAUCAGUCUGCUGCAACGUAUAAAGCAAGAAAGAAGCGUCAAUAUUAUGCAGAUACUAAUGCACUGUGCGCAUCAGUUACAACCUGAUCACAUGCUUUUAGCAGCAAAUAUUUUGCUUCAGUUAGAUAUGCUGAACUCUCCUGAUAAAGGUGUGUUUAGAGAAGAAGCAGUGCAGAUCCUUCUCAAGGCAAUGACAUCUGAAGAAAGCUCAGAGCAGAUAUUAUCUGCAUCCAUUCUAUCAAAUCUUGCUGGUACAUAUACUUGGACAGGAGAACCAUAUACAACUGCAUGGUUGUUGAGAAAGACAGGCUUGACCUCUCCCUAUCACCAGAAUAUGAUAAGGAACUUCAACUGGUCGGAUCAGAGUCUACAGGAUACUAGCACAGAUUUGUGGUGCAGUAAAAUUGCCAAAUGUAUCAUAAGCCUUGGGGAUUCUGUCUUCCAUACUUUAGAUAGGGUUCUUAGAAGCAAGAUAAGGAGGGUUUCGAGAGAUUGCCUUGUAGCAAUUUCAUGGCUUGGAUAUCAAAUAUCAAAAAGUCCAGACAGCAUCAGUUAUUCCGCAUCAGAGAUUAUACUAAGUGGGGUUGAGCAGUUUCUGCAUCCUGGGAUGGAGUUGGAGGAAAGACUUCUAGCAUGUAUGUGCAUGUUUAAUUAUGCCUCGGGAAAAGGAAAGCAAAAACUAAUUAAUUUCUCAGAAGGAGUAAAGGAAUCACUAAGGCGUCUUUCAAAUGUAAUUUGGAUGGCUGAGGAAUUACAUAGAGUAGCCGAUUUCUUGCUGCCAAACAUAUCACGUAUUUCUUGCGUUCACACACAAAUCCUGGAGGCAGGUUGCAGCUUCAGUUUAGCAGUUUGCUCCCUCAUCUACUUCAAGGGAUUGCUGUUCAGUGGGUAUUCAGAUGGAUCAAUCAAGGUUUGGGAUAUUAGGGGGCACUCAGCCAGUCUAGUAUGGGACAUUAAGGAGCACAAGAAGUCUGUGACAUGCUUUUCACUUUAUGAACCAUCUGACUGCCUAUUAAGCGGAUCCACUGAUAAAACCAUAAGGGUGUGGAAAAUGAUCCAGAGAAAGGUGGAAUGUGUUGAAGUUAUAGUAUUGAAGGAACAAAUUCAUCAUUUGCGCGCACAUGGUGAAACAAUUUUUGCUAUUACAGACAGCCAGGGACUAAAGCUCGUUAAUGAAUCAAGAUCGACCAGAGAUAUUCUCAAAGGUAAGCAUGUGAAGUGCAUGACAGUGGCUCAAGGAAAGUUAUACAUUGGAUGCACAGAUUCAAGCAUACAGGAGUAUUCCACAACACACAACCGUGAACUAGAGAUCAAACCCCCUACAAGGAGUUGGAGGAAGCAAAGUAAGCCCAUCAAUUCAGUUGUAGCAUAUAGAGACUGGCUCUAUAGUGCAAAUAAGCAUGUUGAAGGCACAACAUUCAAGGAAUGGAAAAGAACUAGGAAACCAAAAGUUUCAAUUCUUACUCACAAAGGAGAUAACGUGGCGGCCAUGGAAGUGGUAGAAGACUUCUUGUACCUAAUCUCCAGCUCUUCACCAAACAACAUUCAGAUAUGGUUGAGAGGGGCACCAAAAAAGUUGGGGAGAAUAUCAGCAGGAAGCAAGAUAACAAGUAUUCUAGUAGCCAAUGACAUCAUUUUUUGUGGUACUGAGACGGGACUAAUCAAGGGCUGGAUCCCUCUUCAUUUUGUGAUGCCAUUGCAAAUGCCUGGAAGACAGCCAAAGCCAAAGGCUUAG